AUGGAGCAUUACGAGGUUCUUGAGCAAAUUGGAAAAGGGUCAUUUGGUUCAGCUCUUCUUGUGAGACAUAAGCAUGAGAAGAAACUGUAUGUUUUGAAGAAAAUCCGGCUUGCUCGGCAGACUGGUAGGACAAGAAGAUCGGCUCAUCAAGAGAUGGAGUUGAUUUCAAAGAUAAAUAACCCAUUCAUUGUCGAAUAUAAAGAUUCUUGGGUCGAAAAGGGGUGCUAUGUGUGCAUUAUCAUAGGCUAUUGCAAAGGCGGAGACAUGGCGGAAGCGAUAAAGAAAACCAACGGAGUACACUUCUCUGAAGAGAAACUCUGCAAAUGGCUUGUUCAGCUCUUAUUGGCUCUUGAAUACUUACAUGCCAAUCACAUUCUCCAUCGUGAUGUCAAGUGUUCGAACAUAUUCUUAACAAAGGAUCAAGAUAUUCGUCUAGGCGAUUUCGGACUUGCCAAGGUCUUAACAUCAGAUGACCUUGCAUCUUCAGUGGUUGGAACGCCAAGCUACAUGUGCCCCGAGCUACUAGCUGAUAUACCCUACGGGUCCAAGUCUGACAUUUGGUCGCUUGGUUGUUGUAUGUAUGAGAUGACGGCUAUGAAACCUGCAUUCAAAGCCUUUGACAUGCAAGGACUAAUAAACAGGAUUAACAGAUCAAUCGUUCCUCCACUUCCGGCGCAAUAUUCUGCUGCCUUCCGAGGUCUGGUUAAGAGCAUGCUCCGGAAAAAUCCAGAACUCAGACCAAGCGCUGCUGAGCUUCUCAGACAACCGCUGCUUCAGCCAUAUAUCCAAAAGAUUCAACUGAAGGUGAAUGAUCCAGGAAAUAAUGGGUUGCCUGCCCAAUGGCCAGAAUCUGAAUCCACCAGAAGAAACAGCUUUCCUGAGCAGAGAAGGCGUCCUGCAGUCAAAAGCCAUAGCUUUGGCCCAAGCAGGUUUAGGGGUAACCAGGAAGAUUCGGGUUCUUCCAUAAAAAAAUCUGUGCCGGCGUAUCUGAACCGUGAAAGGCAAGUGGAUUUGUCUACAAAUGAAAGUGGUGAUGGAUCUGUUGUCCGUAGAACUUCAGAGGCUUCUAAGACUUCUAGGUAUGUACCAGUGAGAGCUUCGGCCUCACCUGUGAGAUCGAGACAGCCUAGGAGUGACCGUGGUCAACUUCCUGUUUCAUCUCAGCAUACAAACCGAAAACCGGUGGCUUUGAUUCGUAGAGCCUCCAUGCCUAGCUCAAGAAAGCCUGCUAAAGAAAUCAGAGACUCUCUGUACAACUCAAAAACCAGUAUUCUUCACCAGAUAAAAUCUCCUGAUGUGUCAAUAAAUGCACCAAGAAUUGACAAGAUUGAGUUUCCGUUAGCAUCAUACGAGGAAGAGCCAUUUGUUCCGGUUAUGCGUGGGAAGAAGAAGAAAGCAUCGUCUAGAGGUUCCUACAGUCCACCUCCAGAGCCACCACUAGACUGCUCAAUCACAAAAGACAAAUUUACCCUUGAACCAGGCCAAAACAUAGAGGGAGCGAUUAUGAAGGCAGUGUAUCAGUAUGAAGAUGCAUACCCUGAAAACAGGAGCGAAUCAUCUGAUCAGAAUGCAACUGCUGGAGCAUCAAGCAGGGCCUCGUCGGGCGCAAGGAGACAAAGAUUUGAUCCUAGUUCAUAUCAGCAACGGGCCGAGGCAUUGGAGGGAUUGCUUGAAUUCAGUGCAAGGUUGCUUCAAGAUGAGAGGUACGAUGAGCUGAAUGUCUUACUAAGACCCUUUGGUCCAGGCAAAGUCUCACCCAGAGAGACAGCGAUUUGGUUGUCCAAGAGCUUCAAGGAAACUACUACUAAGCUGGAAGAUUGA